AUGCUUAAAAACUUUGACGACAAAUGUCGUGCAGGUGGAGUCUUGAGUAUUGUGAGUAACCCAACAAUGCUAACUGUGUAUUACACCUUGUACCACAUGCGGAUCAAAAGGUUUCUGGAGAACAGCGAUGCUUUAAGUAGACAGAUCCUCAACAGCGAAUUGGGUCAAACUGAGAAUUUCCAGAAGAACUUUCUUACCAUCGCCAAGAAGAACAAUUCCUUCACGAAGAUCGUUCUAAUUUUCGUUUUUUGGACACCGAUACUCUACAAUAUUCCCACACCACUCAUAGAUAUCUACAACCAAAAAUACAGGAGCACACAGCCUUUAUUUCUCCUCUACCCUUACGAUGAUCACAAACCGGGAAUAUACGAAGUGACCUUUAUUUCACAGACCCUAGGAUUACUCUGCGGCGACAUGAAGAAGUUCGCGAACGACUGCUUCUUCCUGACUUUGUUCAGGACGCAGACUCUGUACUUGAUAUACUUGUCAGAGUCUAUCCAGGAUUUGGGAAAAGAAUUCAAGAAGAGUGGUGACUUGAUUAUUAAAAAGAAACUGACAAAAUGGGUUAAACUACACGAUCAUUUUAUAAGGAAUUUCAGCGAACUUAUAUCGCUCUACACGCCAGUAAUAUGCAUAUACUACGUAAAUCUGAUAUGUACCGUUGUCUUAUGUCUUUUCGCACAGCUCCAGAGCGAUGAUGGAUUGAUCGAUGGUUUAGGACUUAUAAGUUUCCUGUCUGUAAAUAUAUUUCAGCUGUAUCUACAAUGCGCAACCAACGAUGUCUUCAGCGUUGAGGCUGAGAAUCUUGCUCUGGAAAUAUACAAGACGCCAUGGUAUGAAGUGGAUAAGACUAAUAAAGGAAUACUUCGCACAAUGUUACUCAUGGCUUCGAAACCAGUCGAAAUAACAGCUUUUAAAUCUCCCACAUUAAGACUCAACAAGGAAGCCUUUCUUGCAUUCGUCGCGAGCACCAUCACUGCUGUUAUGUCUUUCAAAAAGAUGAGCGAUAUACAUCAGUAA